UCGGGAGGUGUCUAGAAAGCCCGCCCCCUCCUCCCUUUCCACUUCUCUUACCCCCCUUUUCUCCCUCCCCCCCCCCCACUCAAGUCCUGCGGACCUGGGGGCUUCGGGAUCUGGGCGCUAUGAAAAGUGUCUGCCCAGUCACUUCCGGUUUUUCUUCCCCCAAUCCCUCAGCUGCUGCUGCUGCUCAGGAGGUCAGAUCUGCCACUGAUGGUAAUACCAGCACCACUCCGCCCACCUCUGCCAAGAAGAGAAAGUUAAACAGCAGCAGCAGUAGCGGCAGUAAUAGUAGUAACGAGAGAGAAGACUUUGAUUCCACCUCUUCCUCUUCCACUCCUCCUUUACAACCCAGGGAUUCGGCAUCCCCUUCAACCUCGUCCUUCUGCCUGGGGGUUUCAGUGGCUACUUCCAGCCACGUACCGAUACAGAAGAAGCUGCGUUUUGAAGACACCCUGGAGUUUGUAGGGUUUGAUGCGAAGAUGGCUGAGGAAUCCUCCUCUUCUUCCUCCUCAUCUUCACCAACUGCUGCAACAUCUCAGCAGCAGCAACUUAAAAAUAAGAGUAUAUUAAUCUCUUCUGUGGCUUCGGUGCAUCAUGCAAACGGCCUAGCCAAAUCUUCUACCACCACUUCUAGCUUUGCUAACAGCAAGCCUGGCUCUGCUAAGAAGUUAGUGAUCAAGAACUUUAAAGAUAAGCCUAAAUUACCGGAGAACUACACAGAUGAAACAUGGCAGAAACUGAAAGAAGCGGUGGAAGCUAUCCAGAAUAGUACUUCGAUUAAGUACAAUUUAGAAGAACUCUAUCAGGCUGUGGAAAAUCUCUGUUCCUACAAGAUUUCUGCAAACUUGUACAAACAGCUAAGACAGAUUUGUGAAGAUCACAUCAAAGCACAAAUUCAUCAGUUCAGAGAGGAUUCAUUGGAUAGUGUUCUUUUUCUAAAGAAGAUUGAUAGAUGCUGGCAAAACCACUGCAGACAAAUGAUCAUGAUUAGAAGCAUUUUUUUGUUUCUGGAUAGAACUUACGUUCUUCAGAAUUCAAUGCUACCCUCGAUUUGGGACAUGGGACUAGAGUUAUUUAGGGCUCAUAUUAUAAGUGAUCAGAAAGUCCAGAAUAAGACAAUUGAUGGCAUUCUUCUCUUGAUUGAGAGGGAAAGGAAUGGUGAAGCAAUUGAUAGAAGUUUACUCCGAAGCCUUUUGAGCAUGCUGUCUGACUUGCAAAUUUAUCAGGAUUCUUUUGAACAACGGUUUUUGGAAGAAACUAACCGGCUCUAUGCAGCUGAAGGCCAAAAAUUAAUGCAGGAAAGAGAGGUUCCUGAAUAUCUUCAUCAUGUUAACAAACGUCUAGAAGAAGAAGCAGACAGACUUAUUACUUACUUAGAUCAGACCACCCAGAAGUCAUUAAUUGCUACUGUAGAAAAGCAACUUCUAGGUGAACACUUAACAGCAAUUCUUCAGAAAGGUUUAAAUAACCUCCUUGAUGAAAACCGAAUUCAAGAUUUAUCUCUCCUGUAUCAGCUCUUUAGUAGAGUUCGAGGUGGAGUUCAGGUUCUCUUGCAACAGUGGAUUGAAUACAUUAAGGCAUUUGGCAGCACUAUUGUAAUUAAUCCUGAAAAAGAUAAAACCAUGGUUCAAGAAUUACUGGAUUUUAAAGAUAAGGUUGACCAUAUAAUUGAUAUUUGUUUUCUGAAAAAUGAAAAAUUCAUCAAUGCCAUGAAAGAAGCAUUUGAGACAUUCAUUAACAAAAGACCAAACAAACCUGCUGAACUUAUAGCUAAGUAUGUAGAUUCAAAGCUUCGCGCAGGCAACAAAGAAGCUACAGAUGAAGAACUUGAAAAAAUGUUGGAUAAAAUUAUGAUCAUAUUUAGAUUUAUCUAUGGUAAGGAUGUUUUUGAGGCCUUCUAUAAGAAAGAUUUAGCCAAGCGCCUGUUAGUUGGGAAAAGUGCAUCUGUAGAUGCUGAAAAAUCAAUGUUGUCCAAACUUAAACAUGAAUGUGGAGCUGCUUUCACCAGCAAACUUGAAGGAAUGUUUAAAGACAUGGAACUUUCUAAAGACAUCAUGAUUCAGUUCAAACAGGUAAAAUAUAUGCAAAACCAGAAUGUACCUGGGAAUAUUGAAUUAACUGUGAAUAUCCUGACAAUGGGUUAUUGGCCAACAUAUGUGCCUAUGGAAGUCCACUUACCACCAGAGAUGGUAAAACUUCAGGAGAUUUUCAAGACAUUUUACCUAGGCAAACAUAGCGGCAGGAAACUUCAGUGGCAGUCAACCCUAGGACACUGUGUGCUAAAGGCAGAAUUUAAAGAGGGUAAAAAAGAACUCCAGGUCUCUCUCUUUCAAACCCUGGUGCUGCUAAUGUUUAAUGAGGGAGAGGAGUUCAGUUUAGAAGAGAUCAAGCAGGCUACUGGAAUAGAGGAUGGAGAAUUAAGGAGAACACUGCAGUCAUUGGCCUGUGGCAAAGCUAGAGUUCUGGCAAAAAAUCCAAAGGGCAAAGAUAUUGAAGAUGGUGACAAGUUCAUUUGUAAUGAUGAUUUCAAACACAAACUUUUCAGGAUAAAGAUCAAUCAAAUCCAGAUGAAAGAAACGGUUGAAGAACAAGCAAGCACUACAGAAAGAGUAUUUCAGGACAGACAGUACCAAAUUGAUGCUGCAAUUGUUCGAAUCAUGAAGAUGAGAAAGACGCUUAGCCACAAUCUUCUUGUUUCAGAAGUGUACAACCAGUUGAAAUUUCCAGUAAAGCCUGCUGAUCUUAAGAAGAGAAUAGAAUCCUUAAUUGAUCGGGAUUACAUGGAAAGAGAUAAAGAAAAUCCAAACCAAUACAAUUAUAUUGCAUAAACAUUGGCCUCUGAUUAUUUGGUAUCAUAUACAGUAGCAGUGGAUAAACUAACCUGUUGAUCCUAUAUUAUUUGACUUCUUUUAUACUACCAAUGACCAAAUGAAGCAGUGUAAUGGAAAUAGUUGAGUCGACUUUUUCAGUGGUUAACAUGCCCAUUUAAAGAGUUAAUACUUAACCUUUAAGAAGAAUGUUGUUGAACUCUUUGCAUGUUAUUUAGUAUGAUGUGCAGAAAAUUCUUAAGAAAGUACCUGGUCUUCAUGAUUCCUCUUUGGAACUGGGGAAGAGGUCCCUAAGGCUAUUAAAAAAAAAGGGCGGGGUUCUUAUACACCAUUAAUUAUGAAGCAAAAGGUUUAUUUGCUUAAAAUGUCAUUUAAAGAUACUUAAACUGCAUGCAAACUUUAUUUACUGUACAGAGUUCUGGAUGUAUUUAUCAAAUAGAAAAACCACCCUGGACUUGGUUGUUCACAUGUUUUGUGAUUUCCCUUGAAAAGAAAAAGAAGUUGUCGUAGCUAUUGAUAUUUUACUAAGUAAUGUUCUGUUACACUGAAAGGGAUGUUUAAAAAAAACUUAUUUGGAAACAAGUUUUCAAGUAGAGGGACAGUUGCUUAUGUAAUCUCUUGUAUGUACACAUCCUAAGGUGUUCCAUCUAUGACUGUGGGAUGUGUGUAUAUGGCUUAGCCCUGAGUUUACUGUUCUGAUUAACAGGUACUUAUAAAAAUAGCUGAAAUAGAAAAUUGCUGAUCAGCUGUACUGGAAGAUAUGGUAAGAGAGAAAAAAAAUCCAACUAGUCAUAUGAAAAGUGAAUACAAUAUGAACAUUGCAAAAGAGACCAAAACCCAUGUGUUUUGUAAAUUUUUACAGAAGCAAAAAUCAUCAACUAGUUUUCAACUUCCUUUAGACUUUAAUGUUGUUUGGACAGUUUUAUCUUUAACUUGGACCAAUUGUUAGAUUGUUACAGGCUUCCUAGGAUUUAGCAUUCCUAUUUUCUCUACAAGAGUAUUUUUGGGAAGCACCCCAACUCCUUUUUGUUGCUAAAUAAACCUUUCAUCCUUCUUCUGACUUCCUAAAGACCUAGAUAUAAAGGUCCUCUCCCUUUGUUUUCCCUAUAUACCUCCUAGUCAGGAAUUCCAAAAUCUGUAUUAUGUUCAUCUUACUCCUUUCAAAAUUUCUUGAAGAGUUCUCAUAGCCAGCCACUGGACAUCUACUUUUCAGGGGAAUGUCCUAGGAUUGUUCAUACAUAGAAAAUAGCAAAAGUAUUGUUAUUCAAAUUGGUAAUGUGAGUAAAAAGGCUUCUCUGUAGCAUCGGUUGGUUUUUUUUGUUUUUGUUGUUUUUUUUUUUUUUUCUUUUUUUUUUUUUUUGCUUGUUGGUUUUUCCUUGAGAAUUGAUCUUGGAGGAGAAGCAGAAAAUUUGUUUGGGUUUUUAAAAAUCAGAAUUGCUUUGAUGUUUUUGGCAACAGUAGAUUUCCUUGACUAUUUGGAGCCAUUAGAAAAAAUACCUAGAUCCUAACCAUCAACUGAGGAGACGUUUGGCUCUUGUGUCUACUAUUGUUUUCUUGAGUUCUCAAGACCUGUGACCAGCUGUUACUAAAAAGUUGCCUGUUUCUCUGAUUGCAUCAACUUGCACACUGUUAACAAUAUGUGGUAUUUAGAAUGCCUUCCUGAUUAUUUUUGAGUGUGGCCAUUGUCUAUAUUUUCUCAGCUUCUCCCUGGUUUCCUUGCAUGAGCUCAUCUGACAAGGAAAUGCAGUUAUUUUGUUUGUCCUCUCUCCACACUGGACCAUCUCUGUCAGUGUUCUAACUCAUCCCAGGUGGUCUCUGAGAUAUACAGACUAUCCCACAAGACUCAAUAAUUACUCUUAGGGAAUUUCUAGGUAGAAUUGGUCCCUGUUAGGAGGAGACUCUUGGUGUCACUUUUGUUAUCUUGAAAGCUGGUCCCUUCCCUGAGGCUCUUAAUUUUUUGAAAACUUGAUGCUGUUUCAACUGAAAAAUUGGCAAGACUAUUAAAAAAAAAGUUGAAGGGAGCUGUUUAAGAAAUUGACAAGUAAUUGCAAAAAACAUUGGGUAAUUGUGACUUUCAGUUCUGUAUCAGUUAAAUUUUUGUGCUCUUUUCCCUGUGUACGUGGUGGUUCUAUUUUUCUCCAAUAAAACUUUUAUUUAAAAAAAGUUUCUGGAGAAGAUCUUUAAAAAUGAAGUAUUGUAAGAAAGUUAUGAAACCACAGAACUUUGCAUCUUCCUAAUGACUUCAUGCAUUCAUAUUUGUCAAUUUUGUUAUUUAAAAUUUUCUCUUUUUUAUGUUUGUGGUGGUUUGGUGAUAAUGCUAUAGGAAUGUGAAGGAGGGUGAGUCAGAUUCUCAGGAAUUCUCAAGGUGAGUAUUUAUUCUUAAGUAUCAGUAUUGUAGAAAAAUCAAGUGCAAGUAUAAACACGGUUUCAUUCAAAUUCUCAAAAGUUUAAUAGUUUCAUAAAGUCACCAUGAAACUAGAUUACAUUGAGGGAAGAAUAAAAGAUAAAAUACUUUCGUUUUUAGUAACGGCACUUGAUCUUCCUUUUCUAUUCAUAUGAAUUCUAGGUCAUAUACUCUCACUGUUAAGAUGCUCCUCAAGAACCUUACCAAGCCAGGAAUCAGGAAGCUUUUUUGAACCCAGUUUGUGAGUCUGCUGAACAGUCUUAACAUGAGGUCUUGCCAUACUCUUGAAAAUUCUUAUCUUUGUACAUGUGUGUACAAUUCAGGAAACUAGUUGAUGCUGUUUAGGCAACUGUGUCUCAAGAUUCUCAAAAGCUUGUUUUUUAAUCUUAGUAUCCAUACAUCUUUUUUUACAUUAGCUGUUUUUUUUUUUUAUUUUAGUGACCAUUCUGAUUUAUGCUGUGAAUGGCAGGACGUGUUAUAAAUGUGUUCUGUUCCAUCAUCUACAUAAAAUUGCCAAAGUAAAUUGCCCAUUAAAAAGAAAAGAGCAGGGGUGCCUGGGUGGCUCAUUUGGUUGUGUCUGACUCUUGAUUUUGGCUCAGGUCAUGAUCUCACGGUUCGUGAGGUCAAACCCCUUAUUGGCCUCUAUGGUGGCAGUGUGAAACCUGCUUGGGAUUCUCUCCCCCCACUUCUCUCUGCCCUUCCCUCACGCUUGCGCUAGCAUGCUCUCUAUCAGGAUAAACGAACAUUAAAACGUAUUUCUAUGUAUUUUGUUCUUUUUUUGAUGCUCUUGCAAAUUGAAUUGUUUUCUUUAUUUUUCAGAUUGUUCAUUGCUAGCACAUACAAUUUUUUUAAAUCUUAUUUUUAAGUAAUUUCUACACCCAACAUGGGACUCAAACUCACAACCCUGAGAUCAAAAGUUGCAUGCUCUACUGACUGAGCCAGCCAGGUGACCCAUACACAAUUUUUUUGUGUGUUUAUCUUACACCCUAUAACUUUGCUGAAUUUGAUUAUUGGGUCUAAUAUAUUUUUGUGGAUUUUUAAGGAUUUUCUAUUGUCUGUGAAUAGAGUUAAGUUUUUGCUUUUUCCUUUCCAGUGUGGGUGUGUUUUAUUUCUUUUACUUGCCUACCUACUAUCUCUGUCUGGAGCUCCCAAUAUGAUGUUGAAUAGAAGUGGCUAAAGCAGGCAUCCUUGUCUUGUUCAUCAUCUUAGGGGGAAAGCUUUCAGUCUUUUGCUGUUAAGUAUGAUGUUAGCUGUGGGUGCUCCACAAAUGCUCUUUAUCGUCUUUUAUUCUUAGGUUUCUGAGUUCCUAUCAUUAAAGACUGUUGAGAUUUGUCCAAUGCUUUUUUGCAUCAACUCAGACAAUUGUGACUUUUUUCCUUUGUUCUAUUAAAUUGGUGUAUUACGUCUAUUGGUUUUCAUAUGUUGAACCACCUUUGCAUGCCUGACAUAAAUCCCACUUCAUCAUGGUGUAUAAUCUUUUUAAUAUGUUGUCAUUUUGGGUUGCUAGUAUUUUGAUGAGGAUUUUUGCGUUAUAUAUUCAUAAGGGAUAUUGAUUGGUCUGUAGUAAUCUUGUGUCUUUGACUUUGCUAUCAGUUGAAAUAGUUACACAGUGUUAUUUCCUCUUCUGUUUUUUGACAACUUUGAGAAGGGUUGGUGUUAAUUCUUUAAAUAUUUGCACCAGUGGAGACAUCUGGUCCUGGGCUUUUCUCUGUGGAGAAAUUUUUAAUUCAUUCAGUCUCUUUGCUCAUAGAUCUGUUCAAGUUUUCUGUUUCUUCUUGAGUCAGAUACAGUGUUUUGUCUCUAGGAGUUUGUUGAUUUCAUUUUGGUUAUCCAAUUUGUUGGUGUACAGUUGUUCACAGUGGUUUUUAAAAACUUUUUUUAACAUUCAUUUAUUUUUGAGAGGUAGAGUGUGAGCAGGGAAGGGGCAGAGAGAGAGGGAGAUAAAGAAUCUGAAGCAGCUUCCAGGCUCUGAGCUGUCAGCACAGAGCCCAGCACGGGGCUUGAACUCACAUACUGUGAGAUCGUGACCUGAGCCGAAGUUGGUGCUUAACCCACUGAGCCACCCAGGCACCCCUGAUUAUUCUUUUUGAUAUAUCGACCCUUAAUAUAUAUUAUCGUUCCUUG